CGACGAGGUUUAAUGCGGUUCUCCCCAUGCCGCCCGUGAGGCACCCGCUGAGGAAGGAGAGAAGCGGUCCCCGCGCAGCCGCCCCGCAGCAUGGAGGCGCAGAGAACAGUGUCUCCAGACGGCCUUAAAGUGGAGAACCUCACCAGUGCUACUGAAAAGGCUCUUGAAGGUGAUCUGAAGACGUUUUGGACACAAAUGGGAGGUGCAAGAGUGGACUUUAUAUUUGAGCAGUUGCAAAAUGUGCUGCUGGUGCUGAAGCAAAAGAUCAAGGAUGGAACUGCCACAAACCAAGAUUGUUGCCAGGCUUGGACUUUGGUGAAUCAAGCUAAUCUAAGCACUCUCUUAACCACAACAGAAGUAAAUAAUGUCUUUGAUGGACAUGAUAAACAGGAACACAAGCUCAAACAGCAGGCUAUGCUUACAGAUAAGAAUGCUGCAAACUCAGUAGAAAGCUCUCACAGCAAAAAGGAGCAGAAGGCGAAAUCAGAUUCAGAGAACRCAGAAGCACUUAGUGAAAUACAAAAGUUACCUCUAAAACUGCAGUAUCAGAAWCACGAGUGUUCUAGUGCAUGUCUUGCCAAGAGACCACUAAACUCCUACAAGGGUGAAAAUCCUCUUAAGAUACCAAUUCUGUUUCACUUCCAAAGACGACACUCAAAAGCUGACUGCCUCUCAAAAUCCCUGGAUGUGAAUUACAAAGCUCCCUGCGGAAGGAGUCUGAGAAGCUUUAAAGACGUGCAGCGUUAUCUGUUUGAAACAGAGUGCAAUUUCUUAUUUAUUGAUCACUUCUCUUUCAACACGUACGUACUGUUGUGCCGRAACACUGUAAAUGUCGACCCGCUAGUGUUCGAGUUUGACAUUAGCAAUGGAGCUGAGUCYGUGCCUAUUUCCUUCUCCAACGAUAUCGACCGUGCGAGGUUGCCCUAUUUUAAAUACCGGAGGGCAUCAUGGCCACGUGGAUAUUAUCUCAACAAUUUCUCCAGCAUGUUUGUUGACUCCUGUGAUUGUACAGAUGGCUGCAUUGAUAGGUCAAAAUGUGCAUGCCUKCAGCUAACUACAAGAGGCUGUAGCACAAUUUCUCCAUCUCCGAAUACUAAAACAUCUUGUGGAUACAAUUAUAAAAGACUGGAGGGACCUGUUCCUAGUGGAAUUUAUGAGUGCAGUGUGUCAUGCAGGUGUGACAAGGUAAUGUGUCAGAACAGAGUUGUGCAGCAUGGCAUCCAAGUCCGGUUACAAGUGUUCAACACAGAGAAGAAGGGCUGGGGUGUCCGCUGCCUGGACGAUAUCGACAAGGGGACGUUUGUUUGUACUUAUGCAGGCAGAUUAAAGAGUAGAGCUGAAGUUCGAGUAUCGGGAGGUGUUGAUGAAGAGCUGAAAGAGCAAGGUGCUGUGAAUGACAGAGAGCACAGCUUUUUUCCAAAGAAAAGAAAACUUGACAGUGGCUGUUCGGACUCCGAGGUUGAACUAGUGCAGACUGACAAAGAUCACGUUCUUGAGAAGCAGGAGUCUUUAUCUCAAACUGUGACAGAUAAAAAUAAAUCAACUGUGGUUUGUCCAAGGAAUUUGAAUAUAGCAGCCAUGAGAGGGUCCGGAGCUAGAAUAGCUGUUCUUCACAACCACCAGCUAAAAAUGGAAGUUGAUACCUUGGUGCACAGCGGCAGCUUUGAUGAAGAUAAUGGUUCUCAGCCUCAUCAGUCAAGCACAACAAAACUCGCCACUGGAACAAAGAAAGGAAAAGAAAAGUCUGAUGAGCAGCAGAAGGAAGAACAUCCGAUGCGAACUGAGCAGACGGAGCUCGCUGGUGAGGACAGUGCAAAAGGCAAAGGGAAGCCCCUGGCUCAGGAGGGUGCUCAUGCCGUGAGGCAGUCCCAAACGGUGCCACAAAAAGCUGACUGCAAAGAGGAAAGAUGCAGGCAGUCAAAACAAAAGGCAUUUUGUGAGGAGGCUGAUGAUGACAAGGCACUUCCGAAGAAUGCUAAUGAWGGAAAUAUUUAUCUGCUGCCCCAAUCUCUUUGCACAGAGUGUUUUUGUAGAGACUCACAACAGAAGUUUCCCAUGGGUGGCAUUCUUCACAAACAGGCAUGUGAAAGCUGGCACGGAGCUCACGUGGGAUUAYGGUUACGAAGCUGGGAGCUUGCCGGAGAUGGAGGUUUCGUGUCAGUGUGGAUUUCAGAAGUGCAGGAAGAAAACCCUGUAACAGCGUUUUCCUGUUGUCAGCRCUUUGUGUGCCUGGAGAUUCACGUGCUGGAAGGGACUAUGCCGGACCCUCCGGGUGCUCCCCCCGAGCGCUCCCGGUUUCGGGGCUUUUGGACUCUCAGAGGUGCCAUCAACAGCAAAGUGCAUUUUGGAGUAUCAUACCUAGAGGGAGUAGGAGAUUGUUGUGGAUUCUGGGUUGAACCUGCRCAGAAACCAAAGACAAGUUUUCUUCCUGCAGGUGAUUUCCAGAUAAUGGCGAAGAUGGUGAGAAGAACGUGUGCGUUUUGUUCAGAGGGGGCGUCUGGCUCUAUAAUGUACAUUGCCACAGAGCAAAAUAUUGCAGCUCAUCAGGAUUGUUUGCUAUUUUCCUCAGGAUUUGUGGAAUCUGAAGAGUAUAACCCGGAUAACUUGGAUAUAAGGUUUGAUGUGACGUCYGUGUUGAAUGAGCUCCGAAGAGGAAAGCGGUUGGUGUGCAACUUCUGUCGCAAGAAAGGAGCCACUGUGGGAUGCGAGGAGAAAGCCUGUCGCAGGAGUUACCAUUAUUUCUGUGCCCUGUGCGACGACGCUGCCAUAGAAACAGACGAAGUGAAYGGAGUUUACCGAGUGUUUUGCCCAAAACAUGACCCAGGCAAUAGGACCAAUCACUAUGAUGCAGCCAGCAAGAGGAAAAGGCAUGCCAUGAAAUCCUCUGCCAUCAAGGAACACAUGAGCACAGAAGACACAGAAGAAGAAAACAGCUUACGAAUACUAAAAAGGAAAAACAGGCAAAAAGUACGAAUAGACUUUCUUAGGAAGUGCAAACAGGCGGGGCUAUUGGAUGAGAUCUUUGAGGAGAUGCUGGACACGCUUCACCUGGCCCAGGAGAAGCUGAUGGACGACAACACUUCGGAGACGGAGUAUGAAGAAACGGUGAUGUCGCUCUUCGACUGCGGCCUGUUUGAAAACAUCCUGACAAAUAUUCAUUCAGGGGCAGCAAUGGAAGGAUGCAGCGAGGCUGGUUUCAGGACUGAUCCAAGAGGAGCUCUGCUCCUGAAAUGGUCGAAGAGGACUAAGUGCCAUGUGGUAGCUGCCAGUGAAGCUGCAGGGAUAGAAGUCGCUGAUCUUUUGUCACCAUCGAGCUGGCAAGCUCUUAGCUACCACUUCUGCAUGACAAUGUAUGAAAUGUUUAUAUAGAGUCCAGAACUACUGAAGCCUGUAUUUUCUUUUUCUCGGAAUCAGGCACUUCGAGCCACCUGAGCUUUACCUUUAAUCCACUUUUCAUUGUAUUCUUCCUUCCCCAUAUUUUUGAUCUUCUAAAGCCUGAUGCAUCMGUACAGAAAGACCCCCUCUACAAACUGUGGGUGUUAAAAUGGUGUUUC